GGCGCCAGAGCUGAGGGCGGGGCUAGGGCUGGGAGGGAGGAGUCUUCUAAUCCCUCUCCUCCCUCUGCCUUUUCACUCUUUUGCCCUUUAUUAAAUCCUUCUUGACUCAAAUUCCCGGAGGAGUAGGGAGCGGUGUUUUAAUUCCGGAGAGAUUCUGCCCAGUGUUUGGUGAUUUGUAUGGAGGGGCUCUCCCCGCCUCGGAAAGUUAAUCAGAAGGGUUGCGUGAACUGGCGGAACGGGAGACGAAUGGGAGAAUGGCGUGAACUGGCGGAACGGGAGACGGAACGGGAGACGAAUGGGAGAAAAACUAACACUUCAGAGGGGAUUUUGAGGCAUUGAGCACCAUGUGUGGAAAGUACUAUGCUAACCCCGACAGUUUUCAGUACCCACUUUUGCCAUCAUUUUUCCUGCUACCUUGGAUUGACCCUGUUGUCGUAAAUAUAUGUGCACACAUAAGAACAGGAGUCAGAAUAACUCAGGGCAAUAUUGAUAUCUUUCUGGUUUGUGAAUAAGGAAGAACUGAUCUUUUUUCCCCAACAUUACUUUAAGGAACUGAAUUUGGUGAGAUGGUACGCUGCAGGGAGAGGCAAUAUAGUGAAACCAAAAAAUGCCCGGAAUUUAGAAGCCAUAUUUCUAGUCCCAAUUUUGCCACAGAUUUGCCAUGUAAUUUUGGCUAAAACAUUAGUCUUUCUGAGCCUGAUCUGUGAACCUAGUCUUUAACUCUGCAUACCUGAAAGUGCUGUCAGAACAAGUAGAGGAGAAAUGGGAUGUAAUUGGUUACUUAUGGAGAAUUUGCUUAGAUUCUUAUCUCCUCCCAAGCAAUAGCAAGUAGUCAACAAAUACCUCAAAUUCUGACCCUUCCUGAAAUAUACAAUUCCAAACUCGAGUGAUAAUAAAACGCCAGUUAUUUAUUGGAUUUCUUGUAUGCCUAACACAGUGUAGUUACUAAUAAUAAUAGCUACUUAUCUUUAUGUUAGGGGUAAGUAAAAUAUCUGAAUUCGGGGAAAAUAGGAGGCAGACUAUGGCUAUCAAAAAUCACUUACUAAGAAUAGAACUGCAGAUGAACGUUGGGUUAUACAGAUGACUUUUUUUCAGGGUUCCCCAUCAUUUGGGUCAAGUGUAAAGAAGGGGCAAGCCAGCUAGUAUAAUGAAAACUCAGAAGACAUGGAUUUGAACUCUUACCACUUGCAUUCCAUGGGAUCCUGAGUAAAUCAGUUUUCUAGGCCACAGGAUCUCAGAGGCAAAAUGAGGACUCAGUUCAAUUUGGAAACCACUGAUAUUAGCUUUAUGACAUGACUCUAGGGGAAGUCACUUAAUAUGUGCCUAAUCUAAUGUAUCUCUGAUAUUUAUCCCCAAAGUUCUAGAGUUUUGCAAGAUACUUGUGAUCUGCAAUCUGCAUGGGUUUGCAUAUAGAGAUAUAUAUCAUAUGUAUCUGUGAGGGUUGAAUAUAUGAGAAAAAAUAAUUUGUCAAAGAUUCAAAUGCUUUAUUUUAAAAUAUAUUUAAUAGUUGGAAAUACUGUACAUAUGAACUAAUAUAUAAUGGCACUGUCAAGUAAAAUGUUUUUUAAAAUGUAAUUUACACGUUGAGAACACAAUCAUACAUUCUACCACUUUUCUAAUAGGCAAAAAUUUUAAUAGGCAAAUUAUACCUAGUAUCCAGGGUUAGAGGAUAGAACAACAAUGAUAAAAUGGUCUCUGCCCUUAAGGGAUUUAUUUUCUACUGGAUAACCUCCAAAAUCCCUUCUAGCUCUAAAUGCUAUGUCAUAAUCAAAUGAAUAUUCUACCUCUAAUCCCAGGUUGUAAACAUGAAGGAGUCAAAAAGGUUUUUGUCAGCAUCUUGGGAUCUCAGACAAGUCUCCUUCACUUCUGAACACUAAUGCUCUCAUUUUUCUUUCCAUUAUAAAUUAGAUUGAUAGCUAAAUAUUCAAAAUUAUUUAAUUAAAUAUUCUAGUUAUUUUCUCUCAUAGACCUAGAUCAUGUGAAAACUAGAGCAGAAUGAUUAAUGGCUAGUUCUAGAACUGGAGUCAGUGAGUUCAAAUUCCUCAUUGAGCAUUUGCAUGCUGUGUGACCCUAAACAAGUUGCUUAACCUUUCAGAGACUGUUUCCUCGUCUGCAAAAUGAGGAUAAUAGCAUUUACCUCAGAAGAUUGUUUUGAGAAUCUAUGUAUAUAUAUAUGUAUAUAUAUGCAUAUAUAUAUAUCAACAUAAAUAUUAGUUAUUAUUGUUAGAAUGCUAGGGAGGAGUUAAAGUCCCAGGAGGAUGGUUAGGAACAGUUAUUUUUAUUAUCAGAAUCCUAAAAAGAAUAUGAAGGGGCAGCUAAGUGGUACAGUAGAUAGAGUGCUAGGUCUGGAGUUAUGAAAACUUGAGUUUUCUGAGUUCACAUCUGGCCUCAGACAAUUACUAGCUGUGUGACCCUGGGCAAAUAUCACUUUACCCUGUUUACCUCUGAUUCCUUAUCUGUAAAACUGGAGAAGGAAAAGGCAAACCACUCCAGUAUCUUUGCAAAGAAAACCCCAAAAGAGGAGUCUGACAUGACUGAAACAAAUGAACAACAUAUCUAAAGGGGACAAGUUAGGGGUUAGGGAAACCAGGGGGAAAAGCCAUUGUCCCAUUUUCAACCCAUUAACUUCUUUAAACAUGUUAGAUUUGUUGAGGAACUGAAGGAGUCAAGAAAGAUUUGGAAGAGUCUGUCAAGACCCUGGCUUUGUUGGAAAAUGAAACAAAUGACAUGUUCAAGUCUUCUGAUUUGUACAGAUGAACCUAGCCCAAGAUGAACAUUUUAACUUUGGAUUUGGGGAUAAAUGGGAAUAGGCAACGAUCUGUUGCGUCUUUCAUUGAGCAUUAAGUAUUUGAGCACAGGCUCUCUAGUCAUUGGUGAGAGGAACAGGCUACUCAUCUGAUGGAUUCGAACUUUAAAAUCAGAACAGUCACAGUUUGAAUCUUUAGUUUUUCCUAGGUUGUAGUUUAGGGUGGGGGUUGGAGGGAGGGGUAGGAUGGGAAUGUUCAAGGAAAAAUUCCCUUUUCGCAAGUCCCCUCCCUCCUCUCAAACUGUUUGGUUUGAGAGAAAUACUGGCACCUAAGAUUUCAAAAAGUCCUGCAGCAUCCACAAAAUUUUCUGUUUGCUCUUUUGCCCCUCAUAACUCUCUAUGAUAUGUUCUGUCCCUUUGAACUUAUCCUCGAAUUGUAGGUCUCUAUUGUUCUCUAGUCCAGGGCUGCAAAGGGUUAAAGUGUCAGAGAUCCUAUAACGUCCCAUAUCCUAGAGCGGCCCCAGACUGUCCGACAGGAAGGAGCUUCUGCUAGAGACUUCCUGUUCUGGACAUUGAGAACGUCGAGACAAGGAGUCAAAGAGAAACUAGCAGAGGACUCAACUGAAUCCCUCUGAGAUAUUUUUACCUUUCACAUUGAAUAUCAGCAAGUGAAGUUGCCUUCUAGUUCAAAUGCUGAAGUGAAUUGAGGGAGGCUGGAAGAGAGAAGGGCACAACAAUAAACCCCCUUAUAGGGAAGAAAAUCCAUGAAAGAACAAUCAAGGCAACUGACAAUGAUAGAAAGAAAAUAAAAGAUUUCAAACAGAAGAAUUUACCAAAUCAGGAACCUCCCUAGGCAAGUGGACAAAUACCUUCCAGCUAAGAAGAAAGGAGAAUACUAUCUCUGUCCACAGUCAUUGCAGAAAGCAAGGAAAACUUACCUCCAUCCCCAUCUUGUCACCAUUUCUGCUUUUAGUGUACACAGUGUAAGGAAAAAGCUUACUCAACACAUUCAAGUUCCUCAGGUUCCACCACCACUAUCAGAAAGUUCAGUGUGGGACAAAGAAAACUAGAAAUAAACACACCCCUCAGUGCAGGGAAAAGUAUCCCCCACACUCUUCUUUUAACUGGUUCAACCCCCUUUCCUCAGAAUCCAGAGUUACAGAAAUCAUUUGUUUUCUGGUAUUCCAUCUAUCCCUUUCCAGCUAUGUAUGGAGCAGGGAAGCCCUACAAAUGCAUUGAGUGUAACAAGAGUUUUCGCUACAGUUCAGUACUGCACCUCCACCAGCGUACACAUGCUGGGGAUUGCUGCUAUCGAUGCCUAGAAUGUGGUGAGGGUUUUGCACAGAAUUCAGAGCUUAGAGCCCAUCAGCGCACACAUGCUGGUGAGACCCUCUACAUCUGCAAUGAGUGUGGCAAAAGCUUCCACCAGAGUGCCUAUCUAGAUUUGCACCAGAGCACCCAUACUCGAGGUAGGCCCUGCAAAUGCCAUGUCUGUGGGAAACACUUUCGCUAUCGCUCUGUCCUCUACUGCCACCAGCGACAUCAUCCUCGUGAAAUGCCCUACCAAUGCCCUGUCUGUGGAAAAAGUUUCCGUCAGAGUGCCUAUGUCUUCCACUAUGAAAGAACCCAUAGUGGUUCUUCUGCUCUCGCUACAGCUGUGCUCCCUUCAGAGCCAAAACCAAGGGGAGAUAGGUUUAUUGUUCAUACUGGACCUAUCCUGCCUGCCCCAUUGCACCCUGAGGAAAAGCCCUAUCAGUGUGGUGAGUGCCAUCGGGACUUCCGAAGUAGCUCAGGGCUGCUGAAACAUCGUCGUGUACAUGAGGCUGGAAAGCCCUUCAGGUGCAGCCAAUGUGGAAGGAGGUUUGAUAGUGGGGAACAGCUCUCUGCACACCAGAAGCGAAGCCACAGUUAUAGACAUGGUGGAGCCAAGCUGGAGGGAGCCCACAAGUGCCUCGUGUGUGGGGAAGUCUUUACACAGGCUUCAGAACUUCAGGCCCAUCAGUGUUCACAUGGGAUGACCCGAAUCCACCCGUGCAAUGUGUGUGGAAAGAGCUUUAGUAAAAGCUCAACCCUGACACGACACCAGCAGACACACACAGGGGAGAAGCCAUUCAAGUGCCCUGAGUGUGGGAAGUGCUUCACAGAGAGUGCCACCCUGGUACGACAUCACCGAAUUCAUACAGGAGAGAAGCCUUAUGCCUGCCCAGACUGUGGGCGGAAGUUCAGUGAGAGUUCCACACUAAUGAGGCACCGGAGAAGCCAUAAGGGGGAGAAGCCACACCAGUGCACCACUUGUGGCAAGAGUUUUGGGCAGCGGUCAGAUCUGAUUGUUCAUCAAAGGAUUCACACUGGGGAAAAGCCCUUUCCCUGCCCAGAGUGUGGCCGACGAUUUAGCGACCGCUCAGACCUCACAAAGCACAAGCGUACCCACACAGGUGAAAAGCCAUACCGGUGUGAGGAAUGUGGCAAGUUCUUUACAUGUGUUUCCAACUUAAAUGUUCAUAAGAGGAACCAUGCUGGUGAUAAGCCCCACAAGUGCCCUGAAUGUGGCAAAUGUUUCAGUGUGGGCUCCAAACUCACCCUGCACCGAAAGACCCACCAGGGUGAACGCCCUUCAGAGUGUGCUGAGUGUGGGAAGUGCUUUAGCCACAGCCGAUCACUGUCACAGCACCAGAGGGCCCAUGCUCGUGCCCGGGCAGCUGCAGGAGUCACUACAGGUGGGCUAGUUGGGGUGGCACCUACCUUGAUCUUUUCAGUAGACCCUGGCCAAGAGAAGUCAGGCCUGAUGGUGACAGGAGUAGGAGAGAGGUAUUAAACCACAUAGAUAGAAAACACUAAUGAUCACUUUUUCUUUAACCUUCCAAAAGGAAAUCUGGGGGACUGGGAGAAAGUUUUUACUAAAUAAUGGGAAAAGAUAGUAGUGGGGCUGAACUUACUCUAUCUUCUGCCCUUCCUAUGUAUAUCUUCUUUCACCACAUUCUCAGUCUCUUUCUUCAUUUGCUGUUAGUCUUUUUUAGUUUUCUGUAUUCCAGUGUUUUGUCACCUUUCUUUUUUUGGGUAGGUUCUUUGCUGCUUCUGAUCUCUACACUUAUAUUCCCAUCCGUAUCAUCUCUGUAGUAGCAGUGAAUAUAGUAGAAGUGUCAUGUUGAACUAACCCUCUCUGCCUGGAUGAGAGAUCCCAGACAUGUUAAAAAAGGACAAUGUUUUUUUUUUUAUCUUGGCUUAUUUGUUCCCUAUUUGUCUAUGCUUUAUCUCCUUUGUCUGCAUCUUUUGUUUGUUUCUUUUCCCACCUUUCAGUAUUCCUGUCUCUAUUUGUCCUUCCUACCUCAUUUUUCUCGUUUUCUGUCCUUUCUUACCCCUCUUUUAGAUGUCUCAUCUUUGCUGUCUUUUUCUCUAUUUCCAUGUAUGCAUGUCUGUUGCUCCCUUUAUUUCUGUGGGGUUAAUGGAAAGAGAAAAUUGAGAGAAUGAAGUAUGGGUGGAAUAAUAGGGAUAAGAAGGGUAGGUGUGAAAAUAUAAAACAAUCUGGAAAGGGAAUCCAAAAUGGUACAAAUCAAAAUAGUACAAAUCAAUGCAUGUCAGAGAUAGCCUUAUACCAGUGAGAUUGAAAGUAAGGGACAGAGGGUAAACAUGUGGUUCCUUGCAAACAAUUCACUGAGCCAUCCCCAUCAAAAAUCCUGGGCCAGUCAAAAUAAUAUAUGCUGGCAGACUCUACCCCUGUGCUCCCAAAUUGUGAAAGCUGGAGUCCUUCAUAUAUUGAGAAGGAAGGUGGAUAGUUGCCCUAAGCUAAGAGGUUAUCAUAUUUCAAUUAUUUGACUCCCCAAUGAAGCAUGAAAAUAAUUUGCAAAGCUAAUUUGGAGCAAUCCUGCAGCCACAGUCUUUAUCCUUGAAACUGAAGAGGAUGGAGAAAGAAUGGAGAAAACCAGAAGAAACCCCUAGAUAUUUAUCCUUUUCUCCCUGUAUUUGGUCAUUAGAAUAAAUAUUUUGUUUUGUUUUGUUUUUUAA